CUGAGAGCACGUGCAGACGUAGGUGGAUGCUGUUGUAAUUGGCGCGUAAUUACGCACGGCUUCGGGGAUUCCACUUUUAUCACACCACUUAACCGCGAGCGUGUGUGUAUGUAUGUGUGUGUGUGUGUGUGUGUGUGUGUGUGUGUGUGUGUGUGUGUGUGUGUGUCAGAUUGGGGCGUGGCCUCUCUGUGAAUUGUGAGUUUUUUUUCCCCCUCUUUUUUUCUUGCGUUUCUCCCUCCACUUCAAAACUGCUGUCGGUGGGAGUUGUGUGACAGAUGCCGCACAAACGCUCCACAGAUCGGUCGCUGUUGGUGUGAAAACAUCCACAGACGAUGUACAGGUUCAUUAAGAUGGCUGCUUCUGCUGCUCACACUUGUGGAAUAUUCCUGGAUUACAGCAAAAAGACUUGUUUACCCCAUCGGGACUAGGAGCUUUGUUGCGUGUGUGUGUGUAUGUGUGUGUGUGAGUGACCGUCUUCUCUGUGAACAGCCUGCAGAUUUUGGUCCCGUCACACUCUUGCUGAGAUGAAUACGUACUACAUCGUGAUUGAAGUAGUAAUUGCUGUUCUGUCCAUAUCCGGCAACGUACUGGUCUGCUGGGCUGUCGCCAUCAACACCACUUUGAAGAACGCCACCAACUAUUUUUUGGUGUCUUUGGCUGUGGCAGAUAUUCUGGUCGGUUGCCUCGCCAUCCCUUUUGCCAUAAUCAUCAGUAUCGGCAUAGAGUUGGACUUCUAUGGAUGCCUCUUCCUGGCCUGUUUUUUGUUGGUGCUGACACAGAGCUCCAUCUUCAGUCUUCUAGCCAUCGCGAUUGAUAGAUAUCUGGCCGUCAAAAUUCCUCUGAGGUACAAGGAGUUGAUGACGGGAAAGACAGCCAGAGAGAUCAUCGCUAUUUUAUGGAUCCUCUCCUUUGUCAUUGGCCUUAUCCCCUUCUUCGGCUGGAACAUGAAGCACUUAGCCUGCGAAACCAACAGCUCCAAGGCAGACAACACUACAAACGCUGGCCUACGGAGCUGCGAGUGCCAGUGCUUAUUUGAGAAGGUGGUGGACAUGCACUACAUGGUCUACUUUAAUUUCUUUGUGUGCGUGCUGCUGCCGCUGCUCAUCAUGCUUGGCAUCUACGUGAAGAUCUUCACCGUGGCCAGGAAGCAGCUGAGACAGAUUGAGCUCAAGUGUGUGGGUAACGGGGACAGCCAUCACCACGGGCUCCUGCAGCGGGAGAUCCGGGCCGCAAAAUCCCUCUCCAUCAUCGUGGGACUGUUCGCCCUCUGCUGGCUGCCCGUCCACAUCCUCAACUGCCUCACGCUGUUUUACAAGGAGCUGGACAAGCCGGACGUUGUAAUGUACGUGGCCAUCAUUCUGUCACAUGCCAACUCUGCAGUCAACCCCAUCAUCUACGCUUACCGCAUCCAGGAUUUCAGGAACACCUUCCGCAAGAUCCUGGCCCAACAUGUCCUGUGCCACAGGGAGGAGCUGUACCUCAGCUCCAACGGCAGCAGACGCAACAGAGACCAGAUCCACAUGACCAUCGACCCUCUGCUAUAGAGAGCCGUGACGGAGUAUUAUCUGUGUCAGUUCUGUUGUUUCAGUCUUGUAUUUUAUGUCCACUGAGGUUUCUAAUGUUUACAGAACAAGGGUAUGAUAUGUGAAGAUGAACCGAUGUCAAACACGCCUUGAAUGUGGACAUUUAUUUAUGAAUCGUGCCAAGUAUCAGGGGUCAAGCAGUGAAAUGUUGAAUGGAGAGUCUUAUAACUUUUGUAUUGUGAAGGAGUUUUGAUUUUUUUUUUUUUUUUUUUUAACUGUUGAAGCUAACUGGAUUUGUAGGACUGUGAAAUAGGAUCCAAACUUUGCUACAUUCUAAAAUGCUAUUUAUCAUAUUGAAUCCACCCUGUUACAACUCAUAACACUCCUGCUAUUUUAUAUUGUCAACAAUCAGUGCCAGUGUUUAAUUAUUUAUUUAUUGCAAGAUCUUAUCUUUGAGAAUGUAAAGAUCAAACAAAAACAAACAAAAAAAAAAACAAAAAAAAACUUUGUGAGGCUAGAUCUGUGCUCGUGGACCUAGAAAGGUACAAUAGAAGUAGUUUGCAUCCAUGGUUAUUUUUUGGCUUGUGACCCUUUAAAUUAAUUCAUUAACUCAUGAUCUCCAUUACGGGCUUCAUCUGCAGAAAGAAGUACAGACUGUCCUUCCUUUUCUGUGCUGUUGUAUUUGAUUAUAGGGAGGCAUUAGCAGCUGAAAACGAUGGUAUUUCUCACAGACGACCCAAAGUAAGACAGUAAAAUACACAAUACCUUUGUAUAGCAGAAUUAUUUCUAUUAAGCAGCUACCUUCAACUAAGUGCCAGUGUUUGCAAGUGUUCCUGUCGCUGCACUAGUAAAUCUUCUAGAGGCACACAGUCCGCUCUCCACAAGAACAACAGAGCCUCUCACGCAACAACUAAAGAAGAGAGGGAUAAUCAAAACAUAAAAAAGAAAAAAAAGAAAUGCCGCUCUUAUUCCAUGAGUCAUCUCUCACAGCAACAGGGGUCUCACAUUUAUUCUGUGACCCCUGCAGCUAUGAGCCAGAGGAAGGCGUUUUUGUGACUACUAGAUGAACAGCAUGAUUUGAUUUGGUCACGCAGACCUAAAGACAUGAGAAGUAGUUCAGCAACACACACCUGCGGUGCUGCUCCGUAUUAUUUCCACGUUAACAUUUCUUAGGACAAAAGCUCAGGAAGCGGGAAACUGAUUGUACCCUUCAUAGAAACAUGACAUCUGCACCGAGCAUUUUCAGCUGCUUUGUCUUGAGCCAAGUGAUGACAAACUGUAAGCAGACAAGCUGGUGUCAAACUUAAGAUCAAUGCAAUUUACAUUAUUCCUCAUCAUCCAGGCUCCUGGUACACGUGCAUUUAGUGGCUUACAUAACAUAAAACACCAUUUCUUUGAUUCAGUUGGGUGUAUAUAUGAAUGUCACUUGCCUUUGGAGUCCAGCUGACAUCUCCCCCACCCCCCCAUGAGACAGUCUCAGCUGGGAUCCCCAGGCUCUCAUGUGGCCUGUUAAUGCAAUCAGUCCUUCAUACACUGCUGAAGUCACUGACUGAACUGAGAUGAGCUGUUUCCUUUCAGGAAACAAUACGUAUUUUAAGGGUGAAAUGUCUAAAAUGUGUUGCAUCCAAGACUUGUUUUGAUCAAAUUCCUAAUGAUCCGACACUUGUCCGCGCAAAAAUAAGACGACUGAUAGACUAGCUGAACCCAGAAAAAUAGAGAUAAUAUUGAGAGUGAAGCAGGAAACACUAAUGAUGAUAAAAUCGUUCACACUUGAUGCUCUUCCUCUUUUCUGCAUGUUUGCGUGCGUGAAUUUGAUCAGAUAAGUAGUCUUGUUUGGAGUUUCAAAAUGUAUGUGAAAAAAAAAAAAAAAUUAAGGUAUUUCUGGUCACCUGAGAGCCAUCACUACACAAAUGAAAACACAUUGCACUGAUGUUUCGUGUGCUUCAUUGGUGUUGAACCAUGUUGUGUUGGCGUUCUUGAGUUGAGCACUUGCCUCCACUGCUUCGCCAUCUCCCCUCAGUUGCCGUUGUGUACAGUGUUCCACCUCUGACUAAUUUCAAGGGCUAAAAUACAGGAGUGUGCCAACGUUUUAGUACAUUCCAAUGGAGACAUCUAUACUGUAACUGCACUGUAACGUUGUAUUGUCUUUGUUGACUGAUGUGUAAAAAUAAGUACUGUAGAUGUCCGGCUUUCUACAAGCUAUUGAUUGAUGUCAAACUAUUGCCUUCUUUUGCAAUUUCAAGGUAAAAACGGACAAUAACAAGUUGAUCUAGUUCAACAUUCCUGCCUUUCAUUCCAAAGUAUCUGUCAGUGUGCUCUAGUGUCAUUACUAAUCAGGAGAAACAUCCACUCUGUGGUCAAGCUGAUGUUCAAUCUUUCUUCUUCAGGCCAUUGUUUCAACAGAACUACAACUGCAAACUGAUACUGCUAUUUAACAUGAUGCAAUCUGUAUGUAUGGUGAAAUAUUUUGUUAAUAAAGGCAAUGUUUAUAUUGUUA